CGCAUCGAUUGCGUUACACGGCGCGCAUCACGCGUAUAUAUAACGCGCCGUCCGUAUAUUGGACAGGCGCACUUUGUCGUACAAUGUUUGUCGGGACGAACGCGAUGUCUGUACGCGGCGGCCGUUCCGUCGCAGCCGCGGUCUCGGCGAUGACGGCGAUCACGGCGGCGAUGGCGGUGAUGACGACGACGACGACCCCGAGCACCGGCGCGGUGACCCUGGACAGCGUGGCCGUCCGGCUGGGCCUGCCCGAGGGCCGGGGCCUGUCGGGCGUUUGCCUGUUCAGAAGCGGGCCGGACAAGCGGCGGCGCGUCAUGUUCAAAUCGGUGGCGUCGGCGCGCAAGAAAUACGGCGGCGGCGGCGGCGACUACAUGGUGGCCGGCGACCUGGCCGCGGACCGGGUGUACGAGGGCACGUUCUCGCGGCUCGUCGACGGCGACCAGGUGGCGCGGUUCGGGUGCGACGGCGGCCGUCGGUUCGAGGUGGCCACGCCGUUCGUGGUCCCGGAAUCCGAUCUGGACACCAUUCUGGCGGUCAAGGAGUCGAUGGAACGGCGGUUCGGCGCGCAGCCGUCCCGCCGCGACCCGCAGCGGUCGGUCACCGCGGAACACGUGUCGGUGACGCUGCGCGGUCUGCGGCCGUCGUUCGCGGAAACCGGGAUGGACGCGGCGGCCGCCGCCAUCACCGUGGACGUGUUUCAGCUGUACAAGAAACCGCCGCCGCCGCCCGCCGCCGCGAGCGACCCUUGGGACGCGGCCGCGAAGCAAGUGGGCGCCGUCCGGUACUCGGCUUACCCGUACGCCAGGUACGCGCUCCGGUACCCGGUCAGCGAUCUCGUGCUGGCCGACCUGCCACCCGACCAGAUGAUGGCCGUCAAGAUCCGUCGCUCGGCUCCCGUCGUUCCCGCGCAGCCACAAAAGUCCGACGUGCACGCCAACCGAACCGAAAACGCUAUUUUCAUAUACACCGGUGGCCUCUAUCCCCGCGGCACUGCCAACCUGACGGACAUGUUGGACGAACGCAGCGCCGGCAGAGGUGGGACGUACGCCGACGAGGCCGACGUGGACGUUGCGGCCACCUCGUACCAAAUCGACGCCAAGCGAGCUCACAGCGAUUCGUACGAUAUACUCAAAAACACCGUGAAAUGUUACACAGAUGGUAUGGUUUACAACGGAUAUCCAUGUCGAAAUUCUGAUGUGUGUAUACCUCUGGGUUGGUUAUGCGAUAGCCAAAAAGACUGUCUCGAAGGCGAUGAUGAAUACAACUGUUACAAUACGGUAGAUACGAAUGGCGGAGACAAUACCAAUGGCGUGUACAACAAUAAUGACAAUUGGUAUUAUACCCGUGGUACUUGCAAGAAAUAUGAGUUUCGAUGUCGGUCACGAAGAAUGUCUGUCUGUUUACCUAAUUCUUGGCUAUGUGACGGACGAUUAGAUUGUGAUGACGGAUGGGAUGAAAAUGAAUUUAAUUGUGGCCGAACAUACAGUGGACUGAGACCAGGAAUUGGUGACUUCAACGCUCGAGAAGACCAAACGUGUUUAACCAAAAAUAAUUUUAAAUGUUGGCAAGGAACAGGAUGCAUAGGUCUCCGUGCAGUCUGCGAUGGAAUUAAAGACUGUGCAGAUGGAUCUGACGAACGUGUGUGCGACAACUGGAGUUCACACUGUGAUAGAUUUACAGAAUUUAGAUGCUUGAAUAACUUUAAUACAUAUAAUGCACGUAGUUGCAUACCACGUCAAUGGGUGUGUGAUCUACAAGACGAUUGUCCACACGGGGAAGAUGAAACAGUCACCAGCUGCUUAGGAAUGGAUCACCCAACAUUUAACGGUUUGGAAACUGAUAUUGAUGAUUUUUAAACAAAACCAAUUUCAAUAAGAUUCAAUUUAAUAUACUUAACUUAUAAAAACUGUUUUUAUAUACCGUGUUAAAUUUAAAGUUAACAUUGUUAUCAUCUAGUAUGCAUUUUAUAGAAAAUUAGUGACAAUUAUAUAUUUAUAUAAAUGUGUAUCUUUA